AUGAGUCGCCUGGGCCCGUGUUUGAGCCCGCGGCCCUUCCUUGGGUCCUGGGCAGUGUCGCGGCGGGUGCGUCGCUUCUCGGUGGCGUCCGGUCUGCGCCAGAGCCCGGCGGGCUCCGGCACUGCCUCUGUCGCAAACAUAGAGGAGCUUCUGAGUCGCUCCGUCCCGCCGCUGCCGCCCUACGAGACCAGGGAGAAGGCUCCGCGGCCAGCGGAGCUGCGCAGCGCAGAGUUCAUGCGGUACUACCGCGGCCUGGAGGCCGGGCCGCCCAGGGCCGAGCUGCUAACCCGCUUGGCCCGCGACUUCGGCGUGGACCACGGCCGGGUGGCGGAGUUCAGCACCAAGGUGCUGCAGGCCCGGGAGCAGCAGAGGGAGCUGGGGGCCCUGCUGCAGGCCGAGGACCGCCUCCGUUAUUACCUCAGCCCCCAGUACCGGGGUCUCUUUCAGCACCUGGGCCGCCUGGAGGGCGGGCUGCGCUUCCUGGUGGAGCUGAGGGGCGACCUGGUGGAGGGGCUGGCGACCAAGGCGGUGGACGGGCCUCAUGUCAAGGAAAUGAAUGGAGUUCUCAAGAACAUGCUUUCAGAGUGGUUCUCGACAGGAUUCCUAAACUUGGAACGGGUCACUUGGCAAUCACCUUGUGAAGUACUCCAGAAAAUCAGUGAUUCUGAAGCUGUGCAUCCUGUUCGAAACUGGGUUGAUAUGAAGCGUCGAGUUGGGCCAUAUAGAAGAUGCUACUUUUUUUCUCACUGUGCAAUCCCAGGAGAACCAUUGAUAGUCUUGCAUGUUGCACUAACCAGUGAUAUCUCCAGCAACAUCCAGGACAUAGUGAAAGAAGUACCUUUAGAAACAGAAGAGGCAGAUAAAAUUACAACAGCAAUUUUCUACUCCAUCAGUUUGACUCAGCAGGGACUGCAAGGCGUAGAACUUGGGACUUACCUCAUCAAGCGGGUUGUAAAAGAGCUGCAGAAAGAACUUCCUCAGAUAAAAGCUUUUUCUACUCUUUCACCUAUCCCAGGAUUCACAAAAUGGCUUGUUGGUGUCCUCUCCUCACAAACAAAAGAACUGGAAAGAAAUAAACUUUUUACAGAAUCAGAAUGGCAAGAAAUCUCUGAGAUCACAGGAGACUCAUCUACUGAAACACUAAAGAAACUCUUAAAUAACAACGAGUGGGUGAGAUCAGAAAAAUUAAUUAAAGUGCUCCACUCACCUUUUAUGAGACUCUGUGCCUGGUACUUGUAUGGGGAGAAACAUCGUGGCUAUGCUCUUAAUCCAGUAGCAAAUUUUCAUCUCCAGAAUGGCUCUGUGAUGUGGAGGAUAAACUGGAUGGCAGACACAAGCCCUCGAGGCAUUGGUACUUCUUGUGGCAUGAUGGUAAACUACCGCUAUUUCCUAGAGGACACUGCCAGUAACAGCGCAGCAUACCUGGGGACUCAGCAAAUCCAAGCCUCAGAGCAGGUUCUUUCCUUGGUGUCUCAGUUCCAGCAAAAUAGUAAGCUUUAAUUAAGUAUUGUGAAAACUAAGGAC